AUGAAGCUAUACCUAUUGCUUUUUUUUUUUUUACUUCUUCUCAGUGUAUGGCUUUUAGGCCAUCAUUGUAUCCUAACAAGCGGCUGCUUCGAGAUCGAAAGGGAGGCACUCCUUACCUUCAAAGCUGGUAUUAUUGAUACCGGCGGUCGAUUGUCUUCAUGGGCCGGUCGGGAUUGUUGUAGCACUUGGAAGGGAGUAGUUUGCGACAACAACACCGGCCACAUUGUGAAGCUCAACCUUCAAAACAAUUAUAACUGCGAUGCCAAUUCAUCCGAUUGUGCCCUGCGCGGUGAGAUCAAUCCAUCUUUACUUGUUUUAAGUCAUUUAAGUCGCCUUGAUCUUAGUCGGAAUGAUUUUGGUGGAAUCUCUAUCCCGAAAUUUAUCGGUUCAUUAAAAAGCUUGAUGCAUCUUGAUCUCUCUAUUUCUAAUUUCAGUGGUAAAAUACCUGAGCAACUUGGCAACCUAUCUAAUCUUCGCUAUCUUGACCUCUCUAAGUCAGACUUCCUAUGUACAACACCUGCUCAGCUCAAUAAUCUGUCUCGCCUGCAUACUCUGAAUUUGAGUGACGCUUUUGCUUCCUACAAACCUUGUGUCGAUAACCUUUCAUGGCUCUCUCGGUUGUCUUCUAUGAGGGUUCUUGAUUUAAGCUUCCAAAACCUAUCCGAUGCUACAGAUUGGUUAGAAGUAGUAAACACGUUGCAUUUUCUAACAGAAUUGUUUUUAUCGGGAAGUCGUCUUACUAACAUUCCAACAUCUCUUUCUCAUGUCAACUUUACAUCCCUGAAAUUUCUUGAUAUUAGUGAUAAUGGUCCUUUCAAUACCACUCUACCAACUUGGCUGUGGAAUCUCACCAAGCUUUCCUAUCUUGAUCUUCGAUAUUCUGGACUUCAUGGGAAGAUCCCAGACUCCCUUGGAAACUUAACUUCUUUGAACAUGCUAUUGCUAGGAUCUAAUGAUUUUGACGGUAGCAUACCUAGAUCAAUUCAAAAUAUGUGCAAUUUAGUAAGUAUAGAUUUUAGUUCUAUUGGCAUCGGCGGAGAUAUUGCAGAGUUGGUAGGGCCGUUGCAUUGCUCCUGGAAGAAUAUGGAGGAACUAGCGUUAGAAAAUAAUAAGCUUCACGGGAGUUUAUUUGGAUGGCUAGAGGAGAUGAAGAAUCUAAGCGUUCUUGAUCUCAGCAAUAAUUCACUAGCAGGGCCUAUUCCUAGUGGAAUUGGGAGACUCUCAAAUUUGCUAUGGUUAGACCUCUCUUAUAAUUCCUUGCAAGGUGUCAUAUCUGAAGCUCAUUUUGCCAACCUAUCAAACUUGAAGAUCUUGUUCCUAAAAUCAAAUUCUUUGAUCAUUGACGUGGAUAACAAGUGGAUUCCUCCGUUUCAACUUCAAAAUCUUGCUUUAGAUUCUUGUCAAUUUUCGCAUCCUCAAUUUCCAGCGUGGCUUCGAUGGCAAAUGCAAAUUUACGAUCUAACUCUGUCCAACACAGGGAUCAGAGACACUGUGCCCGAAUGGUUUUGGAAUUUACCAUAUGAAUACUUAGAUCUCUCUCAUAAUCAGAUUAGAGGCAAGUUGCCCCUGUCCUUGCAAUUGACAAUCCUAGAAUGGCUUAUUUUGAGGUCUAACAAACUUGAAGGCCCAAUUCCAUCUUUGCCAAAUUCGCUUCAAGUAUUAGAUCUCUCAGAAAAUUCUAUAUCAGGACCCUUCCUCUCACCAAUCUCGAAUAUGUCGCAGUUAAGUUAUUUGUUACUAUCAAGCAAUCAGAUUAACGGUAGUAUCCCAUCUUAUAUAUGUAAACAAAAUUUUUUGGAAGUUCUGGAUCUAUCAAACAACUCUUUAUCAGGAGAACUUCCUCAGUGCUGGAAGAAUUCAUCCUUUUUAAUCUUGGAUUUGUCGAACAACAAUCUUGUUGGCGAAAUUCCUUCUUCAAUUGAUUCACUAUGCUCACUCACAUCAUUGCACCUCAACAAUAACAACUUCUAUGGAGAACUUCCUUUGGAAUUGCAACAUUGCAAUAGUUUAGUGCUCCUUGACCUUAGUAGCAAUAAAUUCACGGGGGAAAUUCCGACAUGGAUAGGUGAAAACCUAGAGUAUCUAGCAAUACUGCAGCUGAGGUCAAAUAUGUUUGUGGGCGAAAUUCCUUCGGAACUUGCACAACUCACCUACCUCCAAUUCUUGGAUCUUUCACAUAACAAUUUGACAGGAUCAAUACCACGUUCUUUUGGUAAUUUCAGAGCUAUGAUAUAUAAUACAACUCAGCAUGAUGGAAAUAUAUAUACUGUUGAUGAGACGCUCUUUACAGCCAUUGACUAUAGUAAUAACUUGCUUGUGGUAAUAAAAGGAGAAGAGUAUCAAUAUUCUACCACUAUCUACCUUCUCAAGGUUAUGGACCUCUCGAAUAACAACCUAAGUGGUCAAAUUCCAGAAGAGAUAGUAGCACUUGGGCUAUUGCAGAGUUUGAAUUUAUCAGGAAAUCAUCUAACCGGAAUGAUUCCGGAAAGGUUAGGUGACAUGCGCUCCCUGGAAUCGCUGGAUCUCUCUCUAAAUGAGCUUCAAGGUGCUAUUCCACAAAGCUUGUCGGCUUUGACGUUUCUGAGCCUCUUGAAUUUGUCUUAUAACAAUUUAUCUGGAAGAAUUCCAACAGGAAAUCAAUUGAGCACACUCGAUAACUCCUCAAUUUAUAUUGGCAACGCUUAUCUUUGUGGACCUCCGACGGAAAAGAAUUGUUCUGAAAAUGAAACAAUGCCUAAUGUUGUUGGAGAUGACUACAAUGGAUCUGAGUCAACAUGGCCAUACCUCAGCAUGGGACUAGGGUUUGUCGCUGGAUUUUGGGCCGUGUGCGGCAUCCUAAUAUUCAAGGAGUCCUGGAGUAGCACUUAUUUUCAAAUGAUUGAUAGGCUAUACGACAAAAUAUAUGUGAUAAUUGCAAUAAGUAUGAGAAGGUUGAAUAGAAAUAUGCAGGGAUAAAGUCUAUUUUCUGCAAUUUAUCUCUAUGUAUAUAUGGUGUGUUUCAUGUUUUUCUUUUGCAUGGCAUUUGUGUAAUGUCUGCUUAAUAAUAAUGUCUGCAUCCUGUGAGAUUUUCUCUUCUU